GCGAAUUUUAGAUUGUGCUGCGAUCAUUAUUUUUUUUUCCGAGUGUAAAUCCGCUUUACAGCCAACUUUUGUGACCUUUGGGUCCGGUGACCCUAUAGUAACAAUCUUAACUCUGCGUCCGUGUUCCGCUUAAAACGCUCGAUGCGACGUCGUUACGAGGCAGUUACUAUCUAGAACCUCCGCCGCGAUGUUCUGGCUAGGAUUCGGUCUCCUCCUAAUCGCAUUUACCCUAUACCUGCUAUAUGUCUUCGAGCGCCAGAGCAGGAUUGACCGGCUCACCCACAAUUGGCCAGGUCCACCGGCCCUUCCGAUCAUUGGCCAUCUCCACAUCCUGGCCAAAUUGGUGGGGCCACAUCCGUUUCGCCGUGCCACGGAAAUGGUGACCAACCAUCUGAAGGAUCAUCGCGGAAAGCUGUGGAUGGGCACCAAGCUCUACCUACUGGACUGCAAUCCCAAGGACAUCCAGGCGCUGUGUAGUGCCCAACAGCUUUUGCAGAAGACCGCCGACUAUGCCGUAUUCGAGAAUUGGCUCUGCGAAGGACUCUUCACCAGUGGUUUCGAGAAGUGGUCCCAUCGCCGGAAGAUCAUCAUGCCAGCCUUUAAUUAUGCGAUGGUCAAGUUGUUUGUCGAUGUCUUCGAGAAGCAGUCACGGAUUCUUUUGUCCAGAGUUUCUGAGUUUGCUGAGUCCGGGGAGCCAAUGGAUUUCCUUAAGCUGAUCAGUUGCUUCACCUUGGACACUAUUUGUGAAACGGCCCUCGGGGUCUCUGUGGGUUCCCAAUCGAAUGCAAAGUCGGACUACCUCGAUGCUGUAAACGAAAUCCUUCUGAUCAUCGAUACGAAACUAAAAAACAUCUUAUAUCGCAGUCCGUUUAUUUUCCGGCGAACAUUGCAUUUUAAACGAGAACAGGAGUUAUUGAAAACACUUCAUGGUUUUACGGAGGGCAUUAUCCAGAAGCGAAUGGAUGAGAUUAGCCAGGAUGCGGAGAAUCGCAACUCGCAGAGCACUAAGAAUGCGGAAAAUGAGGAAGGUAGGACAACACAUUGCUUCCUGGAUAGCCUGCUCCUUGCAAAGGGACCUGAUGGUCAACCCCUGUCGGUCAAGGACAUUCGCGAGGAAGUGGAUACCAUUAUCUUCGGUGGCUUUGAUCUCACGGCCACCACCCUCAAGUUCUUCAUGUACAACAUGACCCUUCAUCCGGAAUACCAGGAGCGUUGUCGAGAGGAGGUGCUGUCGGUGUGUGGCACAGACAGAAGCGAACCCAUCUCCAUGGAGCAGGUGCGUCAACUGGAGUUCCUCGAAGCCUGCGUUAAGGAAACACUGCGCAUGUAUCCUUCGGGUCCACUUACAGCAAGAAGAGCCACAGCCAACUGCCAAAUCAAUGAGUUUUUCAUACCCAAGGGGAGCGAUGUGAUCAUUUCCCCUCUUUACAUGGGACGUUGCAAGGAUUUCUUUCCGGAUCCUUUGGUUUUCAAGCCGGAUCGCUGGUCCAGUGGAGCGGAGCCCAAGAUUGAGGCCACCACUUUCAUACCCUUUAUGACGGGGGCACGGAGUUGUUUGGGCCAGCGAUAUGCGAUGGUGAUGCUCAAAAUGGUUCUGGCCCACCUGCUGAGGAACUUCCUGUUUGAGCCCCUCGGCGAACGACAGGUGAAAAUGAAGCUCAACUUCGUGAUCACCCUGCACACCGUGGAACCCUAUCUUUGUAGAGUGAAGAAUAUCGAUAGCUAAGAGUCUGUUAACUUGUUCAAUAAAGUUACUAAUUAUUUAUAUACUACUUUA